AUGCUGGCUCCGUCCGUCCAUCCGCUCCUCUGGCUGUUUGGCUGCGUGCUGUUCCGAGGUACUACAACCUCCACAGACUCUUCUGUCCACGCUGUAACAGGUCAAUCCCAACCCACGACACACAGCCCUGAAGUAAAGAACCAUACCUCAGAGCCUUCAGUAAAAUCAACACUAACCAACUUGAAUCUCACCUCUGUGGGACAAACUACCCCAGCCAAAUCCUCUUCCGUCGCUACGACACUGCUAGCAUUGACUGUGCGAGAUGAAAAGUCUAAUGGAAGUAGAAGCACAGCAGCUUCACCACCUCAAGGUCGAGAGCCCAAGAGAAGCGAGACUACCACAACAUCAGCAACUCAAGGCAUCUCAAAGCCAGUCACCCCAACACCAACAUCUUCUGGCUACUUGCCUGUGCCCACGCCAACAGAUGAUAAAUCACCACUGACGGUGGCAGCUUUUGGUGUCAUCAGCUUCAUAGUUAUCCUGAUAGUGGUUGUGAUUAUUCUCGUCAGCGUGGUCAGCCUGAGGUUCAAGUGUAACCGCUCAAAGGACUCAGAAGACAAACAGAAACCAGGGACCUCCAUGGUGUCAGAGAGCUGCUCGGCAGGUACAAGCCAGAAGGAUAACAGCAUCACUCUGAUCUCCAUGAAGAACAUCAACAUGAACAACAGCAUGAGUUACCCACCGUCAGAAAAG